CGACUCGCACGAACCAUCAACUCAACGAACUCACCAUCUUCCCCAUCAAAUCGAAGGAUAGAAAUAAGAUCAAAGAUUUGAAGGGGGCAAAUCGCCCUUCUCAUCAAACAGUAUUAUAGCGGAACCAUCAGCGUAAUCAUGGGGGACGACAAGAGAGAGCCGUUGGUGGAUCAGAAUUCCAGAUUCAAGAGGUGCAUAUCGCAUCCUCAGGACGAGCUCCAGAGCUUCAGGAAGUAUCUAAAAUGGCUGUGCGUCGACCAAUCUAAUGUCUGGACGGCGUGUCUGUCGUGGUCGGUGUUCGUCGUUUUCGCGCUCGUCGUCCCCGCCGCGUCGCACUUCGUCCUUGCCUGCGACACCUGCGAUGCCAAGCAUGGUCGCCCGUACGACACCGUCGUCCAGGUAUCACUCAGCAGCGUCGCGACGCUGUCGUUUGUUUGCCUCUCGAGGUUUGUCAGGAAGUACGGACUCAGGAGGUUUCUCUUCUUUGAUAAGCUUUGGCACGAGAGCGAGACUGUCAGGAAAGGCUAUACCGGCCAGCUCAAUAGAUCUCUCAAGAUUCUCUCCAUUUUUGUCCUCCCAUGUUUCUUGGCUGAGAGCGCAUACAAAAUAUGGUGGUAUGCGUCUGGUGCAUCACGAAUCCCCUUCUUGGGCAACGUCUACCUGAGUGACACAGUAGCAUGCAUAAUGGAGCUCCUCUCCUGGCUCUACCGGACAACAGUGAUUUUCCUAGUCUGCAUUCUCUUCCAUCUGAUCUGCCACCUCCAUAUCCUACGGCUGCAAGACUAUGCUCUGGUUUUCCAGAUUGAUUCUGAUGUGGGUUCGGUCUUGGCUGAGCACCUCAGGAUCAGGAGGCACCUCAGGAUCAUAAGCCAUCGGUACCGCGCCUUCAUACUAUGCGUGCUGGUCCUAGUCACAGGCACCCAAUUUGCUGCGUUGCUUGUCACUACAAAAUCUCAUGAUGUCAAUAUUUACAGAGCUGGAGAACUUGCACUCUGCUCGGUAACUGUUGUGACUGCAUUGCUCAUAAUCUUGCGGAGCGCAACCAAGAUCACUCACAAGGCACAAGCAGUCACUUGCCUAGCGGCAAAGUGGCACGUCUGUGCGACGCUGGAUUCGUUUGAGACAGCUGAUGGAGAGACGCCGAGGGUUGAUGUGGAGGGUGGGCCACAAAUAUUUCCUGUGGGUGACGAAGGAGAAUCAGAGGACACAGAAGAUGUGGGAGACGAAGAAGAUGAUUUGGACAAUAACAAGUGGAUCCCUGCGUAUGCUUAUAGUACCAUUUCCUACCAAAAGAGACAGGCUUUAGGUAAUUAUCUCACUCCACCCAAAUUUAUAUGUCAUCCCCUCUCCAUGUAUUAUAUAUGUAUAUCUAGUCAAAAGGAUCUGCUAUUUUCUUUUUUGUGGGAGAUAAUGAUGUUAAUUUUCUGUAAUUACAUGACAGUGACAUAUUUUGAGAAUAACAGAGCAGGGAUUACAGUGUUUGGAUUUACCCUUGAUCGGAGUACCCUCCACACUCUUUUUGGUAUUGAGUUAUCGCUUGUUCUUUGGUUGCUUGGUAAAACGGUGGGGAUUUCUUGAAACAUUACUUUCUGGGCAUUUGGAAAAAGUUGGAUGGUGGCGGGUGUAUGUAUAGAUUUUUGUAGAGCAUUCCAAAUUUCUUUCUCUUCUUCUUCUUCUUAAAAAAAUCAAACCUUUGAUGUUUUUGUAAAACCAUCCAUACUUUGUACUCUUGUUUGUCUGAUAUUACCACUUAGAAGUAUAUAUCAUUAUUUUGUCAU